AAAAUUGACUUUGACAUUACUUGACAGUUUCAAUAUUUUCUUUCUUUUGACGUUUCUGUUAUCGUGCUGAACAAAAAUCAAAAUGGUAAACGUACCAAAACAGCGCAGGACUUACUGCAAAAAAUGCAAGUGCCACAAAACUCAUAAAGUGUCUCAGUAUAAGAAAUCUAAGGAAAGGCACGCUGCCCAGGGCAGAAGGCGUUAUGACCGUAAACAACAAGGUUAUGGUGGUCAGUCCAAACCCAUCUUCAAAAAGAAGGCGAAAACUACAAAGAAAAUUGUACUUCGUCUGGAAUGUGCCGACUGCAAAGUGCGAUCACAGGUGGCACUGAAGCGCUGCAAGCACUUUGAACUGGGAGGUGACAAGAAGAGGAAGGGACAGAUGAUCCAGUUUUAAUCUGGCUAAUAAAUAAGUUUAACACUUA